AGGUCCCCUUCGCUCUGGAGUCGCAAGGAGCAACUCCUCGCUCUGACCCCCCGGGUCUCCCUCUUUCUUUUCCUCCUCCCUUCUCUCUCCCUGCGUUCACAUUUUUACCGACUCUUUUUCUUUGAUUUAAAUUCCCGCUCUUUGGUCUGGCCUUUGCUGAAGCGAAUUAAGUUUUGAGGAUGGGUCUUUUGACGGGGGUGCCGUGGCGGGCCGGGAAACCGUUGCCGGAGGAGCCGUAGGAAAUGGGGAGGGCGGCGCGGUGGUUCCGGGGACUUUUUGGCGGCAAGAAAGCGGAUUCCGGCGGAGAACCGCGGGCGGAGAAGAAGAGAUGGGGCUUCGUCAAGUCGUUCCGGGAGAAAGGCCACCACCACGAGCAGCGGGAGGGAGGGCCGCCACCGCGAGUGGAGGCGGCAGCGACGGUUCUGGAGGAGCGGAAGGGGUCGUAUAGGGAGGUGCCGCGGCCGUACGCGCCGGCGGAGGUGGUGGAUGCGGAUGCGGACGAGCAGAACAAGCGGGCCAUUGCGGUCGCCGCAGCGACCGCGGCGGUGGCGGAAGCGGCCGUGGCCGCCGCGCAGGCGGCUGCCGCGGUGGUGCGGCUGACGAGCAGCGGGCGGAGCGUCGCCGGAUUCGCCGCUGGCGCCGGGAAGCAGGAGCAGUGGGCGGCUGUUAGAAUCCAGGCAGCAUUCCGGGGUUAUCUGGCGAGGAGGGCGUUGAGGGCGCUGAAAGGGUUGGUGAAGCUGCAGGCAUUGGUCAGGGGCAACAUUGUGAGGAAGCAGGCGGCCGAGACGCUGCGAUGCAUGCAGGCGUUGGUGAGAGUCCAGGGCCGGACCCGGGCUUGCCGAGCCCUCCGGUCGGAGAUGACCAGGUCUGGCAAAAGCUUCCGCACUCAUGCUGGCCCUCCAACACCGGAGAAGUACGAACAAGACGUUCGACCAAGUGGUUCAAGAUCUGAUCGGUCUUGCACUCUCAAGAGGAGUUCUUCAAAGCCAGCCAGUGUCGAUGCUGUAGAUUCGGAAAGAACACACUCUUCUGGAUGGAACUGGCUGGAUCGGUGGAUGGAGGAGCGUUACUGGGACAGCCGAGAAGCAGCUGCAAAGGCUGGAGCAGCAAUGGAUGAUGACAAGAAUGCUAGGAUCUUGGAGGUUGACCCUGGAAAGCCACAAUUUAACCCCAAGAGGAGGGGCAGCCAUCUCCAGUCUUCAUGCUCAACCCUGGCCUCUGAUCAGAACAGCCGCAGCUUUGCCACUGUGCCUGAUUCACCAUCGAAGGUCUCGACAACUGCUCAGCUAUCCAUUCCCAGCCCAUCCUCCGUCGACAUGCGGCAAUCUCUUAGCCCCCCGAGGUUCCACCUCCCCGAACCUGGUGACUUCGGUGAGAGCCCGCUGUUCUACUCUGCAGCAUCUCGGCCCGGAAGCUCGAGGAGGGGGUCCUUCACUCCGUCGAACAGCGAGUGCGCUCGCAGCUUAUUCAGCGGGUACUUGGAUUACCCCAACUAUAUGGCAAACACGGAGUCAUCGAGGGCGAAGGUGCGGUCUCACAGUGCACCGAGGCAGCGGCCCGAGUUCGACAAGUCAGGCUCGACCAAGAGGCUCUCGGGUCAGGGGUUCGCGCAGCAGCAUUCGGGGACAUCAGCCCAGAGGCCAUCUUCCCUGCACGCCAAGUUCGCCAACAAGGCCUACCCGGGCUCCGGCCGGCUGGAUAGAUUGGGGAUGCCCAUUAGAAUGUGAUAGCGAGCUUUAACCUCCAAAAAGUACUGCAGGCUUGUGUACUUUGUGUUCAUGGGUCGGUCUCUCGGCUAUAGUUGUGUUCCUUCAAAAUCUUUCUGUCCCAUCCUUCCACUAUCGGCAAGUCAGUCUUUAGUCAUGUCUGCCUCUCAGGUCAUCGACAGUGUCAUGUUCUGCUUUUUAGAAUCCUGCAAUGGAAUCGGAAUAUCAUAUUUUUGAUGCGUGCUUUUUC